AUGUUUUCACAAUCUCGAUUUCUACUUCUUCUGCUUCUGUUCUACGUAUCUGACUGUGUACAACAAGAAGGUAGACGAUUUGAUGCAUCUCUGCUGGAGCAGGACAGCAAUUAUGAAAUAUAUCAUUCCUAUCGAAAUGCUGCCAGUCUCUAUUGGAAUCCUCAAACCCUCGAAUACAUAAUUAUACGUGAUGGUCAAGUGUGGCUGGAAGGUGGGCCGUUCUUUAUCCAUUUCAAUUAUACGUUUUAUUCAUCAGCACCUGAACAAGAGUCUCUUAAAAUGCUACCACUACAGUUAAUUGAUCAAUACCAAUCGAAUGGAACUGAUACCUUUUUUGGACCCUUUCUGAAAUUAUCUCUUCGUUGGUCAUCAACAUUGAGUCCGUAUUAUUUCAUAUGGGAAACGUCAUUCAAAAUUUUUCAAGAACAAUCUAUAAUUCUGUUUGAACAAUAUUUUCCUAUCGAUCUCUUUGGCGUGGAAUUGGGCAAUAAAAGAGAUACCUUUAAACAUGUGUCAUCCGCAUUUCCAAGAUUCAAAGUUUCACUAAACGACAGUGACAACUAUCUGAUUGAUACGUUGGGUCAUUUCACAUUUCUCGAUACUUGGGAUUUGAAUAUGCGUGGAGUAGGCUUGAAGAACGUGUUCACUGGCGGAUUGUACAGUGGUAAUCCUCUGUUGCUGUACAAUUUACAACAACUGGAUCAAAGUAUUGUUCUAUCGUCGUUGAAUAAUUUUAUGAGUAAUUUUCAAACCCGUUCACCUUCUCUGCAAUAUCACUUUGCCUGUGGACUACAAGGACGUGUACGGCAAGUUGAACAAUCGUUUUCAUUGGCAACACUCCUACUGAUAUCACAACCCAACGAAGGUAUCAAUCGUAUAAUGAAUAAAUGGGGCAAAUAUAUGCUACAGUACUACGGGAAACAACAUGUCAAAGACGAAGGCAAUCAUCAAAAUGACUUUUUCAUGUCAAAAUUAGGCUAUUAUACAGAUACGGGCUCCUAUUAUUGGUAUAACACUGAACCGGAUUUGAAUUAUGAAGAGACAUUUAUUAAAUUGAAACAAUAUCACGUGGCACAACAGAUUCCUAUACAAUACUAUGAAUUAGACUCCUAUUGGUAUUAUAAGGAAAAUAAUUAUACCGGAGAACAUGGCGGCAUUCUCUGGUACGAGCCUCGACCAGAUGUGUUUCCAAGUGGGAUUGAACAGUUACGAAUGAAUACAUUACAAACCCCGUUGAUUGUUCACCAUAAAUAUUAUUCCUAUGAUAAUUUGUAUCAGAUAUUCUAUCGAUUUUUGAACGGAAGCGAUUAUAAAGUUUCAUUGCCGUUGGAUCAGACAUUUUUCAACAAGAUUCUCUCACAAAUCAAACAAUGGGGCGUAGAAAUCAUGAUACAAGAUUGGCUCUCAUCCAUCUACGAAGAUAUGCCAGAAGCAUCUUGGGAUACUUACACGGCAAGAGAGUAUCAUUUACACUUGGCAGGAGGAGCAAAACAGGCGGGUAUUAAACUAUUGUAUUGUAUGCCAUUGAUACCAGAUAUAAUGGAAACUCUAGAAAAUUCUCAGGUCAAAUACAUUCGAAUCAGUAAUGAUUAUUCUACGGAUAUUAAUCAAUGGGAUAUUGGUCGAGCAUCAAUUGUCACAUGGGCUUUGGGCAUUAUUCCCUUUAAAGAUACAUUCUGGACAAUGUCGAUGCAACCACAAUCGCCAUAUGGAAAAUUCAUCGAACCCAAUGUGGAGUUAAAUGCUUUGAUUGCUCUUAUGAGUUUGGGUGGUGUUGCUAUAUCGGAUAAAAUUGGCAAUACAAAUUCCACUGUUGUUAAUCGGCUAUGUCGAUCGGACGGUGUCCUCUUUCGUCCAAGAAAACCAGCAACAUCAAUGGAUUCGACAUUUUUUGGUGUCGGUGGUCCUGAUGGGGAAUUGUGGCAUACGUACGGUUCUGAUCUGCAACAAACCUAUUUUGUUGAAUAUGUUAUGGCUACCAAUUUAACUCAAUCGUACGAAUUCGCAUGGAAUGAGUUGCUAAAUACUGUUGAUGAAGAUACGCCGAGAAGAACGAUUUCCGAUGUUUAUAUUGUAUUCAGUUUAAACAAUCUAACAGAUUACUAUUGGAUUACAUCCACAAACCCUUUCACAUUUCUGAUACCAUCAUGUCCACAAAAUUUAACAACAUAUUAUUCUCCGUUUCACCUAUUCGUAUUUGUACCUGCUCAAAAGGAAUCGAAGUGGAUUCUAUUUGGUGAAUUGGCUAAACAAUUGCCUAUCACACAACAACGAUUUUCAAGUGUACAAUUUUCAUCAAGGCCUGCCGAUAGUCUGCAAGUGGACGUGAUCGGAAUUGAUGGAGAAGAGGUAUUGGUCACUGUAGGAUUUAGUUCGCAAGUGCUUGGUAGAAUCGAUAUAAUCACCGUACAAUGUUCAUUUCGUACUAUGCAGCCUACAACGAUCAUGACCAUGUCAUGUAAUGUAAGCAAUGGAUGUCAAUGCCAAUAG